CCGAGCCGCUCGCAGUUCGGCUCAUUUGCAGCCCUGUCCUCAAGUACCCAGAGACAGAGAGUCGUCCUCGUCCUUCCUCCUCUGAAAUCUCAAGGAUUCCAGUUCCUCCUUGGCAUUUAAGCAAAUCUUUAUCCAGAAGAAUUUAUGUGCCGCUUCAGUUGCUUCUUCUCUCCUGAACUACAACCCACCACCAGAAUUGAGCUCAAUUCAACUGUUCGACUGUAUUUGUAUUUCCAGGCGAAGAAGGGCUUUACUGUUUCUUUUGACUUCCUACACGACAAAAAAACAAGGGUCGGCUCCAAGAUGGGUUCAAUGGUGGCUGUGAAGGUUCUUUCUGUAGAGGUAGAAUCGAUGCGCGGGGAGAGAGAGUUCGUUUCUGAAUUAUCUGCACUUUCCAACCUCAGGCAUGACAACCUCGUCGUUCUCCAAGGAUGUUGUGAAGAAGGGUCGGAUCGGUAUUUGGUCUAUGAGUAUAUGGAGAACUACAGCCUUGCACAUACACUGCUUGGUAAAUUGUCUCAAUUAGUUGCCAACAGUAAAAGUUUCUGUCUUUUGGCUCUGAAGCAUCGAAUUAGUCAGUUCUCAAUGGGUUAUCUUGCUCCGGAGUAUGCUGUCAGCAGCCACUUGACACGAAAAUCAGAUGUUUAUGGCUACGGCGUUUUGCUCAUGGAGAUUAUAAGCGGUAGAUCAGUUGUAGAUUUUGAUGUUGAACUUGGAGAGCGUUACAUGGUUCAAAAGGCUUGGAGCAAUUACAGAGCAAAGAAGCUUUUGCAGAUAGUAGAUCCUGCUCUGAAUAUGAACUACCCAGAAGAAGAAGAAGCUACACGGCUCUUGAAGAUCAGCCUUCUUUGUGUGCAAGAAACCGCCAAGCGCCGGCCUACAAUGUCAACCGUGGUUCAGAUGUUGAGCAAUGAAAUCGAAUUGGAAAGUUACGAGAUUUCUGAACCUGGGCACCUCAGUGAUCUAAUGGGGAUUAGAUUGCACAAACGGUACACAUCUCAGACUAGUUCUUCAAGGAGCUCAACCACCACAAGCCUGCAAAGUACUGCACAUUUUUUACUUGUGAGUUUUUGUUACAAUCUUUGCACAUAUAUAACAUGUUUAAGCAAGUGAGCAAAUAGGGGACAGGUUUUGUUCGGUUUCCUUAAGUCCUAACAAGAAGCAUACAAGUUAUAGAAUGAUGAUUGCAUUCUUUCAGAUGUGUAAAAAAACUGUCAUUUGGUAAAUAAAUAAAAUGGCCCUAGCCAUUAAAAACGCUUUCUUUGCCAUGAAUAUAGGAGCUGCAGACAGGGAGGAAGAAGAUCUAAUCUUUUAUAGGUCCUACCAUGAUUCUAAAACUGACCAAUCAAAAGUUGGAAAAAAAACAGAACUUUGAAGGAGACAUCCCUUGUAAAAACUCGAAGGAAAGUGCGAUAUACAUGGUAGUUGAAAAGGGGGAGAAAAGGUUUAAGAGCAAAAACCAAGUAGUGGGAGCCCAAGUUCUGAACUUGAAAACUAUAUUUGAAUGAAUAGCAGCAGGCAGCCCUUUCACUUCCAGGGCCAUAGUGCUGCUGCUGCUGCGAGAAUGGCAACAUUCUAAGUUUUGCAACCUAAAAGAAGCACAGAGAUUCAAUAUGAGGAAGGGAAGAUGGCAAGUUGAUAUUGGGUGGCAGAAGCAUGCAUGGCUCCUCGCACGCCAUCCACCAAGCCCCACCAAAACUGUGUUGAUGAGCUCUUGCAAAUGGCAUACAGGGAGCCAGGCACGCCCACAACUUACCACCAUCACCAUGACCACCUAACCAACCUUAUUGAAACCUUUUUUUCUUUUGGAGAAUGCUAUGUUGGAAGUUGAGGUUUUGAGAAUGGCUAGUGAUGAGUAAAUAAAGAGGUGGAAGAAGAUGAAAGAAAGGGCUGGUUUGGCUUGAGGGCCAAUACUCAGUACUCUCAAGUUGAGCUGAGCUGAGCUUGGAAGACUCUCUUGAUUUGCCUUUCGGCCAGCUUUUGAGUUGGCCAAUUUGGCACGUAGUAGGGGGGACAAAGCACGAAUAGGGAAGGAAACAAGAAACCCACACCGCACGACCUGCACCAAGGGUGUGUGAAUGAUGCGUGUGUGGGGAUGUGAUGUUGUUCUUCUUCUUCUUGUUUCUCUAAGAGCACUUGCAAACUGAAAGAGAGUGAUGGUGAAGAUUUGAGGGGGGGAGAUAUAUAGAGAUGGACUUUAACAU